UUUUGUUUGUUUUUGGCGCGAGUCGAGUGCUUCUCAGACUAGUGCUUCUUCAUCGUUGCAGAGCAGCAGUCCGUAUUGUCUCAAGUCCGAGGAAGAGCUCAAAGCAGCAAGCAGCACGUCCACGUUUGUGGAUUUGGACCUGCCUUUGGUUUCAAUUGCCGACACAAGCACAAACAGUAACGACGAGGCUUCCUUGACCUCUCAGACAAGCAAUUGGGACUCGACUACUCAAACGUACACGAGCACACCCGGAACUCUGCUCGUUGACGAACCGGCAUUCCUGUUCUCGCCCGACGCGCAAGACCCAGACCAGCCCGCCGACGUGACCUUCACGCUUGAAUCCUCAAGCCUCGACUCUGCGCUGAACGAGACAGGAGAGACCUCUGCUGUUGUUCGUACAGUUCCUCUUUCGUACCCAACGGGUUUGUUGUCGUCGACCGGUUCCGUCCGCUUGCCAAAACCAUUCCUCGAUACCGUAACCGCUUCUUCCUCCUCUUCCUCUUCUUCUUCUUUUUCUUCCUUUUCCUCGUCGGCCUCCUCCUCCUCCUUCCCGUUGCUUGCCGCGCGUUGCUGGACGGACGACGAGUACUCGGCUGUCUUGGUUGACUCUGCUGACGCACCACUUGCCUCGAAUCCUCCGCUGACCGACCUUGUUGCGCGAUACGCGCUUUCCGAGCCCGACCGUUGCCACGGAACUACAGCCCACGACCAACCCACCUCCUCUUUGCACUCGGCUUUGUCUUCGUUCGCCUCCCUCGGCGCAAACACAAUCAACCUGUUUCACUCGCACAUGCCACUGCAGCAACCGCAGCAACCCUCUGCGCCCUAUCCGUCGACCUCGCAACCGAACAUGUCACUGACAAUGUCCAACAUGCCACUUUCUGGUGCCCACCCAGCUCCGUACGGGGCGAUGCCGGUCAAGCCCGAACUGGCCAAUCCUGCGUACUACAUGAACGCUUUCCCUCCUGGAGGCGCCCCGCCACCAGUCCAGGGCGGCCAGAUGCAGCUUCAACAGCAACCCUUCCAACAGUUGCAGCAACAGCAGCAGCCACAGCUCCUCUCCAAUCCCGCCUAUCCCACGUAUCUUCCGCCCGCCAAUGUUCAGUACACUGGCGUGGCUAGUUCGGUGGCCUCGGCGGCCUCGGCGUCCACAGCCCCAGGUCAAGCCAGUCAACAACGCCAACGAGCGUCCGCUUCUGCCAGCUCGGGAGGCCAAGGGUCGGACGAAGGCGACGGCAGUGAUGGCGAAGGCGGCGAGGACGGCGAGGAUGACGGUGUCUGGACCAAAGAGGUGGAAGAUGCCUUCGAGGAAGCCUUUGCCCUGUACCCGCCCUGUGGCCGUCGCAAAAUCAUCCUCAACAACGAAGGAAAAAUGUUUGGGCGAAACGAGCUUAUUGCCAGGUAUAUCCGAAUGAAAACUGGCAAAGGACGAUCCCGCAAGCAAGUGAGCAGCCACAUCCAAGUUAUUGCUCGCAAGCGCCAACGCGAGAUCGGGGAACGUCUGAAGCAUUGCAAUCAAGAUAUGCAGCGUGCAGCGAUGGAAAAUCUCGCAACCAUGUCGUCGGCACAGCUGGUCUCUGCCACAUUGAAUCCCCAAGCACAAGUGGCUGCUGCAGCGGCCCAACCCUACGCCGAGCCCAUUACUCUUCCUGCAGCCACCUCGGCAGCCGCGCUCUCUGCUCAGAUGCAGCGCGAGUCCUUGGGCACGAUUCUCCAGGCCGUCGACGCAGAAGCACCCGCGUCUACUUCGCCGCAACUAUCGCACCAGCACCCGGUCACCUUUUCAACCAGUGGCGCUGCACCUCGCGAUGGACCUCCUGCUCCCAGACAUCAGCCAAAUCAAGUCACUCUGUGCCAGCUAGCAAGUGCAUUAGAGUACCCCAAUUUGAGCAUUCCUCCAGUCUUUUUUGUCAACAUUGAGAAUGAAGUGCUGAACGACCCGCAAAUGGAAAUUGUCGAGGCAAAACUCAUUGCUGACAAGUUCCCACAACUUCGCGAACGGUUUGCGCAGAAUCCCGCCGGUGGAUUCUAUCUGAUCAAGUUUUGGACUGAAUUGCCUGGAAACAUGCCGCAAGCCUUUGGCUUUUACCCUUCCAGCUACUGGAUGACGGCCAGGUUUGAAUCGCAAGAGCAGAUCACGCUGGAAGUGACACGCUCAGUCGUUUCAUUCGGCAAGACGGCGCAAACCAAGACGGUGUAUCUGCUGUCGAGCGGCGUACUGAACGGAAAGCAUCAGUAUUACAUGAUGCAGCAGCCGCUGUGCGAGUACAUGCAAACAUUUAUCGAGAAGCUGCGUGGGUUGCCGAGUCGCGAACUCAUGAACAACGUGUUGGAAAACUUUUCCGCGAGCAUCACGGUUGCCAACGCUGCCACCAAAGAGGUGCUCCUCAACCUGGCGCUUAUUUUCGAGGUCAUUUCGGACGACACUGGCUCGCAGCACAACGUUUACCGGCUGGUUGAUUCCCAAUAGUUGUACCCUGUCGGAUUUCUCUCGCCCCUGCUUUUUUGUUGUUGUUGUUGUUGUGGUUGUAUUAUUGCAAUGUGUUUGUUUGGUUUGUUUUUUUGCAUCUAGCUUGUCUUGUAGUAAUCCCUCUGUCCUUUUUUUGCUGUUAGACUUUUUGUUUUUUUCUUCCUUUUCUUGCUUUUGGAAAUACAAACGAUAAUUUUGUCCU